AUGAUACCCCAAACCCCACCUGAUUAUAACCAUCCAGAUUCACCAAACAAAUGGAGACAACAAACAAAUACAACACAACCACAGCAACAUCCAACUCAAUCAGAAGCUGAAUCUUCACAUAAUAAUUAUAAACCAGGUAACGAGUCACCUCAUGACAGUGAGUCUGAUAAAUCAUCUCCUGUUGAAACUGAGGAAGAUACACCAUGCGUUCCAUCGAGCUAUGAUCAAACAUCAACAUUCCAGCCCAAUAGUGAGAAUCAAACAACGAAUAGAGUAAGACAAGGAAGAGGAAAACAGCCUGAACUAGAAGAAAAUACUUCAUUAUCUGAUUCACCAUCGCCUUUAUCCAAUACAAAAAAAUUUCUUACUAUAUUAGUCAUUGUAUUAGCGGUUGCGGUAGUCGCCCUAUCAACAUCAGUAUCAAACACAGAACUUUCGUCCUGGCGCGAUCAAGUUUCAGAUGCAACAAUUCGUGCAGCUCUACGUCCACUAUUAGAUCCAAUCAAUCCACCAGGUGUAUCCACGUUAUUACUAAUAUCAAACAAAGAACAACAAGCUUUUACAUCUUCUAUGGGUCAUUGUAUUAUUGAAUUAUUGAAUUCACAGUCACCAUCAAAGAAAUUUGUUGUCAAAAAUGUUGAGGUCAAUAUUGAAACAUUGAAUGGUACAAAAUUGCAAUUAGAUGAAAAUAUUAAACAAAUACUUGGAACAAGUGAUGGAAUUAUUUUACGAAAUAUCGAUCGUAUGUCCAAAGAUGAAUUAAACGUGUUAUUUGCCUACUGUGAUCAAGAGAAUCCGGUUAUAACUAAAAAAUUGAUUUUGAUGACGGCGAUACUUCCUGAGUCUCAACUUCAGCAUUCGGAACAUCAUUUGAAACAAUCUUUUUUAUUGAAAAAAUCAGUCAAUGAAGAUUUUGUUGAUGGUCUCAUGUCAAGAAUAACGGCGAAUACGCUCGUUGUAUAUGAUAGUGAGACAGAAAGGAUUAAUGGUUCGCUUGAAGACGAAUAUCCACAACAAAAUAUUCAUGAUGUCUUUACCAGUCAUUCAUUAGUUCAAAAUCAAAAUGAUUCUAAAUGUAAUCAGCCAUACGUUUUAUGUCAAAUAUUUUCCGAUCAACAACCGUUGUGUUUACCCGUUCAAACAUCAUACAAAACAUUUUCAGAUAAAUGGAACUGGAAUGAAUGGCUAACAUUACCUUUACGUUACUGUGAUUUACCUCGACAUUCACUUCUCACAUUUACAAUUCACGAUGUUUUAUCGCCAACUCAAGUAACCCUUGUUGGAAGUACAACCAUUUCUCUGUUUGCACAUGAUGGUACAUUUCGUCGAGGAAUUCAUGAUUUAAAAGUGUGGCCAGAUGUUGUUCCAGAUGUAAAUUAUGAAUCUUCAACGCCGGGAAGUAUCGAACGUGUACACAAUGAUCACAACGAACAAAUUCUAAGCAAUAACACAAAUCUGAAUAAACACACCCAACAACAACACAAAGUGAACCCUCCAAAAAUUACAAGCAAUGAUGAAUCAGAAUAUCCGAUGCUCGAUCAACUCAGUAGACUAGCAAAACUAGUUAAAACACAUGGUGAUGGACAUACAAUAAGUCAAGAUUGGCUAGAAAAAUUAGUUUUGACAAAAGCACAACACUCUACUAAAGAACAAUUACCAAAAUCAAAAUCAAUGCUAUUAACGAUCGAAUUUGCAAGAACAAUGAUUGGUGAAAAUGAAUGUACCAUACUCUAUUUUGAACCAAAUUGUGUAGAUAUCGUUAAUUAUCCUUUGGGCUAUAAUGAUCUUUUUGUUUAUGAUUCUGAAUUAGAUAUUGAGAACAUUGUUGAAAGUAAACAUUUAAAUCUAGCAAGAAGUGGAAGAACAAUGGAUAAAGAUCUCAAACCCACACCAGAACAACAAGAUCGCUUAAUAACAAUUUUAGCCUAUCCACCUGGUCAAUAUCUGACUAUGGAAGAACAAGAUCUUAUGUGGAAAUAUCGUUUUUACUUAUCGACACAUAAAAAGGCAUCACCUAAAUUUUUACAAUGUGUUCAUUGGGAUAAAGAAGAAGAAGUAAAACAAGCUCUUGAUUUAUUACAACAAUGGGUGGCCAUGGAUACUGAAGAUGCUCUAGAAUUAUUAGGACCACUCUAUCCUCAUCCAAAAGUUAGAAUAUACGCCGUAUCGAGAUUAAAAUCAGCCUCAGAUGAUGACUUACUUCUGUAUUUAUUACAAUUAGUUCAAGCACUUCGUUAUGAAAAACCUGAUCUAAUAAAUGCAUAUGUCGUGGAUACGUCUAACGAUGAAGAAACUAUAAAUGAUACAAAUGAAAAUUGUGCUAUUGUUGUUCAGUCAGAUUCUCCUAGUCAAGAGAUUGAUUUAUCUACAUUUCUAAUUCAACGUGCAUGUGAUAAACCAAUUAUAGCUAAUUAUUUAUUUUGGUAUGCUUAUGUUGAAUGUGAAAAUAAUAGUAUCCAAACAAAAGAUAAAACAAUUAGUGAUAUGUAUCAAGCAUUUGUUGAACGUUUGAGUAUUACAUUAAAAUCCAAAAAUGAUUUAACUCAAAAAGUACAAUUAUCAAUUGAAGCUCAAAAACGUUUUGUUGAUAAAUUAGUUGAAUUAACAAAUAUUGUUAAAAGGGUACCAGGAUCCGUUAAAACGAAGGAAGAAAAAUUAAAAACAUUAAUAUCAGCCGGUGAAGAUUCUCCUGUAAAAUUUAAUUUUCUUCAAUUCGAUCCAAUACCAUUACCACUUGAUCCAGAAGUAACAAUCAAACGAAUUAUACCAGAAAAAAUCAAAAUAUUCAAAAGUGCAAAAUUACCAUUUUUAUUUGUUUGUGAAACUAUCAAUGGUGAAGAAUAUCCUGUUAUAUUUAAAAAUGGAGAUGAUUUAAGACAAGAUCAGUUGAUAUUACAAACUAUAACACUCAUGGAUAGAAUCUUACGUAAAGAAAAUAUUGAUUUACGAAUGACACCAUACAAAGUUCUUUCAACAAGUAUUAGAUAUGCUGGAUAUUGUGUUGUUACCUAUUUACUUGGUGUCGGUGAUAGGCAUUUAGAUAAUUUAUUAUUGAGAGAUACUGGACAAUUAUUUCAUAUUGAUUUUAGUUUUAUAAUGGGUCGUGAUCCAAAACCGUUGCCUCCAGCUAUGCGAGUAUCAAAAGAUAUGAUUGAAUUAUUAGAUAAAGAACAAUUCUUUGAUUUUCAACAACAUUGUUUUGCAGCAUUUAUCAUAUUAAGAAAACAUGCAAAUGUGUUUGCUAAUUUAUUUGCGUUAAUGUUAGACUCAAAUAUUCCAGCUAUUGCUUUGGAACGAGAUAAAACAGUGAAAAAACUCCUUGAUAAAUUUCGUCUUGAUCUUGACGAUGAGAAAGCAGUCAGUUAUUUGAAAGAUUUAAUCGAUUCAAGUAUACGAGCGAUUUUGCCUCAAUUCUAUGAUUAUAUUCAUGGAUUUUGGAUGCGUCUAGUAUUAUUCGAUGAAAUGCGCGAUGCAUUACGUCGACAUGUUGUACGUGAAAGACAAAAAAAACAAGAAGAACAAGCAAAUGAAGCUGACAAACAACGAAGACGAGAAGAAAAAGCUAAAGCUGAGCUAACAAGUAAAGCUCAGUUAGAGAAAAAUGCUGAACAUAUUCUACAGUUAGAAGCAAAAUUAGACGAUUUACAAAGCCAGAGAUAUGGUUUGUGUAAUUUAUUGAAAAAGACCUUGACUGAAGAAGAUUAUAAACGUAGACAAUCACAACAAACAGUGAAUAAAGAACCAAGUUGGACAAGUCUAUAUUCACCAAAUCUUCAAACAGCUCAAUAUUUACAUUUUCUUACUCAACCAUCGGCUUAUCGUUCACUUGCCUAUAAAUCAUCUCAGCUGUUACCUUCAUUACACCAAACUCCACAACAGCAAUCGUCAACUCCUCCAACGUUAAAACGAUCACGCAGUCCAUCACUCAAUUCUUCCGUGAAUCAUCAAAAUCAACUACAUCUGCAGCAAAUUUAUUCAAGUCCUUCAACUUAUUCCAAAAAUAUUUCAAAAUCACCAACAUCAAUGACAGUGAAGACAUCAACUAUUCAUACACAACUUUUGAAUAGUCUUGAUUUAAUAAAUGAUAACACUUUAUGGCCAAAUGUGCCCAUUUACGUUCCUGAAAUUCCGCGAAUUAUUAUUCAAACUUCAAAAACUCAUCAAAUAACUGAAUUUAUGUCUACGUUCAUAACAAUAAAUCCUAAUCACAAGUAUUUUCUUUAUAAUGAUACAGAAGCCGAUGAAUUUGUUCGUAAAUAUAUGCCUGCGAACAUCUAUCAAAUUUACACAAAUCUUCCACUACCUAUUCUAAAAGCAGAUUAUUUUCGAUAUAUUGCCCUACUGGUCAUGGGAGGAGUUUAUUCUGAUAUCGAUACGAAAUGUUUACGCCCGAUUGAUGAUUGGAUUGAUGAUAAAAAUCAAGUUGGACUUAUAGUUGGCAUAGAGGCUGAUGUUGGUUUCAUCGAUAUUUUGUAUGACAUGUAUGCUCGUCGACUUCAGUUACUACAAUGGACUAUAGCAAGUGCGCCAGGACACCCAGUUUUAUACCGGAUUGUUAGGAAUAUUGCUAAAAUAUCUUCAGAAAUGAUGAAGUCGAAGGAUAAUAAUGAUUUAAUCUUAGAGUGGACAGGACCGGGAAUUUGGACAGAUGUGGUCAUGAAUUAUAUUAGAAGAACAUACGGUGUUACAUGGAAAAAAUUUAGAAAUCUGAGAAAAGGGAUUUUGAUAGGAGAUAUUUAUGUUUUACCCCUAGCAGCAUUCUCACCCGGUAUACAUCUGGAUAUGGGAUCGAAAAAUGUAAACGAUCCAGAAGCGCGAGUCUAUCACAAUUUUCACGGUAGUUGGAAAAAACGAAAUUAA